AUGGUGGUUAGGAGUGGUGGCUUAGGCAGGCAGGUGAGGCAGCAGAAAGAGGAGGGUCCGGGGGAAGGCAUGUUUCAUGAUGGCGAUGAUGAUGAUGAUGAUGUCGAUGGUGCCGGGCCGUAUUGCAUGCUCGCUUCAGCGAUCUGGAUCGGUUUUGGUUAUUACAGAGACUCUUCGCACUCUGGUCCUGUCACUGCGUGGAGCGUAUCUCUCGCUGAUUGGUUGGAUGGAUUUGAUGUGCGCGGAGGUAGAUCCGGUAGUCGAAAGGGCAAGGGAUGCCUUUUCACCGGGUGCUUAUUAGCUGCUGUGGUCGGGUAA